AUGGGGCCGGACCUGGGCUGGGCCGCGCUGGUGCUGCUCUUCGCCGCCUCGCUGCUCACCGUGGCGGCCUGGCUGCUUCAGUACUGGCGGUCCACGGCCCUGCGAGCGCUACGGCGUCGCGGAGCGGCGGCGGAGGAGGCUGGGGCCCGAGCGCUGCUCGCGGCGCUUCUCGCCCUCAGGUCCCUACGGGAGCAGUGGCAGAGAGCUUGGGUGCGAGCUCUCAACAACCAGGCGCGCCGGCACGGGAGUUCAGUCCAGAUCACGUUUGAAGAGGGUCCUCAGUUACCACAAGCUGCAAAUAUAAGUUGUGUGACAUGCAAGGGACAGUCAGACCAUAGCAUGGUGCUAUGCUGCCAUCUGUCAGCUGAAGCUGUGAAAUUCCCUGUCUCUGUUACUCAGCAGUCCCCAGUUGCUGUUUCUGUGGACACCUAUCAUGUCACUUUGGCUGUGCUGCAGGCUCAGAUGGAGAUCCACUUGGAGGAGAUACAGAAUGAGGGUCUCCUGGUGUCAUGGACAUUCAAAGACAGACCAAACUUGGACUUUUUGGUUCUUCCACGACUUGAGCUUCCUGAGGAUGAAGGGAGAGCGGAUCUGUCCACUAUAAAGGAUCUGAUCGAGGAUACCGUUGUCAGCACGAAGCCAGCCAUGAUGGUGAAUUUGAUGGCCUGCACUGCUGAAGCCAGUGUGGUACCCAGCAAUAAGUUGACUCGAGAGUCCCCGUCUGGAGUAGCAGCAGCCCCUCUGGGUUCUAAGCUGUUGCUCCGGAAUCUUCGAGUGAUGAACUUGGGAUGCCAGGGGAAUGGAGGAGUUGGGGAUAUAUGCUGCAUGGCAGAGCUAGACAGUCCCCUGCAGCAGAAGUGGACAAGGCCGAUGACAGGUAGCAGUGUCAGUGCUGCAGGAGAAGUGGAGUGGAAUGAUGAGUUCUUUCUGGAGUUGGGACCUAGAAGCAAAGAGCUGAAACUACAGGUGCUGGGGAACAGCGAUGGAGGGGGAAAUGUGCUGCUGGCAUAUGCCACACUUUUGAUAGAUUCUUUGGGCAAACAGCCAUCUGGGAGACAGGUCUGCUCACUGGCCCCUGGAGCUGGACAGUCACUGACAGCUGAAGCUACCAUUACAUUGGAGCUGCUGUUCCAGGAGCCUCCUGCGUCUUUGAAUGCUCCACACGCCACAUCUCCGCGAACCAGCAUUACCCCCACUAAGAAAGUGGAGAUGGACCGGACCAUCAUGCCCGAUGGCACCAUCGUGACUACUGUCACCACAAUUCAGUCCCGGCCCAAGGCAGACUGCAAACUGGAUUCACCAUCGAGGUCGCCUUCCAAAGUGGAAGUGACUGAAAAGAAGACAACAGUGCUCUUGGAGACUGGCUGUCCUCACAGCCACUUGCCCAGCAGUAGCCGGGAUAGCCAUAUGCCUAAUGGCUUGGAUCCAGUGGCCGAGACAGCAAUCAGGCAGCUAACUGAGAUGAAUACCAAGACCACCAAGAAGACGCCAACAAAACGGAGUACACUGAUCAUCUCAGGAGUGUCCAAGGUACCUAUUGCUCAAGAUGAAAUGGCACUUUCUCUGGGUUAUGCCGCAUCUCUGGAGGCCACAGCAUAUGGGGACUCUGAGGCAGAGGGCACAGCUGGCCAGAUGCACGAUUUUACCGAAUUGUCGAGGCCACUGGAAGCAUCACCAUUGGGACAAAGGGACAGUCAGGAGUUGGAUGAGACAACGCGAUCAGACAUUUCUGAAAGACCAUCUAUGGAAGAUGUUGAGUCUGAAACUGGCUCCAUGGGAGCCCUUGAGACGAGGAGCUUGAAAGAUCACAAAGUUAGCUUUCUUCGGAGUGGUACCAAGCUCAUCUUCCGGAGGAGGAGCAAGCAGAAGGAAGUGGGCCUGAGCCAGUCACACGAUGACUUGUCCAAUGUCACUGCCAACUCCACCACCAGAAAGAAAACUGGUAGCUUCUCUCGCCGCCUCAUCAAACGCUUCUCCUUCAAGUCUAAAUCCAAACCCAAAGGUAGUGACAACACAUCGGUUUGUGAGAACUGAAGGAGAGAGAAGCCCAUUGGAAAGAUUUCUCAGAGAUCGUUUUCUAGUCUCUUGUCUUCCCACUCCAUGGUAUCUGUGACUUGCAGUCCAGUUCUUUUCAACCCUGGCUGAGGGAAGACACCCCAGUGCUUUACACCAUUUUGGGAGCGGAGGUGGCAAACACAGGACUUAGGCUGUUUGGCUGCCUUGGCUUAGCCUUCUCUGCUUGUUGCACCCCACUGUGCUCUCCCAUAAAAUCCAGGUGGCAUGCUAAUCUCCCUGGGGUUCCCUGGAACUGCAGAAUUGACUUGGUGUGUGUAGACGUCUGGCAUCAUCAGGUGCCUCAUGGAAACAGGGGCCAAGUCUCUCCAGAGUUAAAAUCAAGAAGCUACUGGGUUAGCUGCAGUCCUGAGAAGUGUGGCAUGUAGCCUCACUCAGCUCUUCUAGUGACAGAGAAUGAUGCAGCCACUGAUGAUUGAUCUAAACACUAUUAUUGCUUGUGCUUGGUGCAGAGGCUGUAACCUGAGGUGUGCUGCAGGGUGAUGUGUUCCUGGGCUGUGAGCUGUCAGAGGACAGCUGUCAGAGUUUCAGUCCUCCAUCUGUCUCUGCCAUUGGAACAGUCUCCUUCAGACAGCACUGAGGAACCCCUGUUUUCCGUGCUGUGUUGGUGAAGGAAGAAGUCUCUAAGAAGAAGGAA